AUGGCAUCCCGCCUGGCCCUGGCCCUUCUCCUCGGGCUCGUCAUCGCCGUGCUUCCCGGAGAGGCGCGAGACGACACUGGGUCCGGAAACUCCGGAGAACUCUUGGGAACGGAAAGCGACAAGCCUGCACUACUCGACCAGGAAGGGGACAUUUCGCGGAGCAAGCGCACUUGGACUCUUCCAGAAGCACGAAAAUGCCGUAACCAGCCCUGCUGCAUGCGGCGGUGCGCGGGGGAUUUCUACCCUUUCACCAUCGGCAUCUACCAUCGCAAGGGCGGCGGCCGGGGGAACCACCGCGGGUGCUGGUGCUACCGCCUGCCGUUCUGAGCUGUUCUACGGCCACCCGCAGGCACUGGCCGGUGCCGAACACGGGAAGUAUUAACUAAGAUACGGAAAAGAACUUCCUAAUUCCUCGUCGUACAAAAGUGGUGGAGUACAAAUUAUAUUUGUACUAUCAGAAGACGAGUAACAAGGAUGGAUAAAUCAGAAUG